AGCCGCGGUCGCCGCCGCCUGACGUUGGGGCCAUGGCGGAGCGGCUGCUGCUGCGGGCGCGGCGCGGCGGUCCCGGGACCCGCGCGGUGUCGCUCCACGGGAGGCGGCUGCAGCGCGUACCCCGGGGCCUGGCGAGCCUCCCGGGGCUGCGGGCCCUGAGCCUGCGCGACAACGAGCUGCGCGGUCUGCCCGUGGAGCUGGGCGGCCUGAGCCGGUUGAAGGAACUAAAUUUGGGAAACAAUAUAUUUGAGGAAGUUCCAGAACAGCUGAAAUAUCUCAGUUCACUGCAAAAGCUUCACUUGUUUGGAAAUAAGAUUACUACAAUAUCGCCCGCAAUAUUUGAUGGAUUAGAAAAAUUGAUACUUCUCAAUCUGAACAACAACAAGCUUAAAUAUCUUCCUCCAGAAAUACACAGGUUAGAAAAUCUUAAAAACAUGAAUUUAAACAAUAACCAGCUGGAAAGUAUUCCCAAAGAGCUAUGUUCCUUGCAAAAGCUCUCUGAACUCCAUCUGUCUCACAAUUGUCUCAUCACAGUACCUGAAGAGAUUGGAUACAUGACGAAUCUCAGAAUGCUGUGCCUGUCAAGAAAUCAAAUAGGAGUGCUCCCUGACGGCCUUUGCAAAUUGAGAAAACUAAGAAUUCUAGAUGUAGCAGGGAAUAAAAUUCAGAUUUUCCCAAUAGCAAUGGAGGACCUUAUGCUGAUGGAACUUUACUGUGAAGAUAAUCCAUUGCUGCAGAAACAGCCUCUUUCUGCCAUACAAGAGGAAGAAGUUUGGUCUCUUAAGGAAAUAGUGGCAAGAUUUAUUUUCAGUCAGUUAACCAAAGAGGACUCCAUUCUACAUACUUCAGUAAAACAGAACUUGGAAGCAUGCAAUAUACUUUCCAAAAAACAAGAGUGUGCUCAGUGUGGGCAAGGAUUCCUGAAUAUAUGGCUGGAAUGUGUACGUUUUGUGAAUGUCAGACAGCUCUCGGGCUAGGCUGAGGUAAGGUCAGGAAGGUAGGCAAAUAUGACAGAAAGCGAGGUCCAGAAAAAACUGGAAUUAGCCAGACUGGAAGCUGAGGAAAGAAAGAAGGAACAUGAAAGACGUCUGGAAUUCAAACGGAUGGAAAUUGUUGCACAAGUGGCCAGAGAAAAAGCUGCUAGGGAAGAGAGGGAAAGAGAGAGGUAGAAUGAACUGGAUGAGAAGGAAAGAGAGAGGCAGCAUGCUCAGAAGGAGAGAGAAAGAGAGAGGAAGUAUGAACUGGAGGUGAUGGAGUGGAAAUGACGGAACCCUUCAGCAGCUGGCUCCACUUCCCCAAAAAUCCACAAAUGAAAGCGACUAUGUCCACAGUAUAAGGAAUCCAGUGAUAUUGCUGAAUAUUUCAUCACCUUUGAGAGACUGUGCACCCACCAUGCAAUUCCUGAAGAUCAAAAAAUGACCACAUUGACUGGGUACAGCAAAAUUGACUGGAAGAGCUCUGGACAUAGUCAACAAGAUGCUAUUGAAGAUGCUUCUGACUAUGGUAAAUUUAAAGAUUUGGUUUUAAAACAAUUUCAAAUUACACCUGAAACUUGCAGAGUAAAAUUUAGAGCCCUUAAGAGGGACUUAGUAAUGUGGCUUAUGUAAACCAGAUGAAAGAUCUGUUAGAUAAAUGGAUCAAAGGAAGGGGCGUAACUAUCUUUGAAGGAAUAUGUGAUUUGGUUGUACAGGAGCAGUUCCUGACUAUGACCAAUGAUGAUGUAAAACAGUGUUUAUGGGAUAAGAAAAUGGACUCAGCAGAAAGUCUUGCUUCUUAUGCUGAUCAAUACAAGAAGUCCCAGACCACCAGAGAGGCGGGGCAAAUCGGAACAAAACGGGUAGAGGUAGCAGAGAGGAACAACCCUGGUUGCAGUUUGGGCGGAUACCAGAAAGGACACCUUGAGACCAUACAAUACCACCAGGGGCAGCCCAAGGCCCCACCUACACUCCAAAGAAAAUCC